AUGAAAGAGCAUGCCUCAAAAAACAAUAUUUAUGAUAGUAAUAAACAAAAUAUCGAAUAUGAAAAUAUAAGUAAAAGUAUGGGAACAGAUGAAAAUUUAAGUGAUGUUUCAGUAUCUACUAUAAGUAAUAGUACAGGUAUUGACUCAGAUUUAUAUAAUAAUGUUAUUAAAGAUAUUAAAAGAGAAAAAAGAAUAAAAAAAUAUGCAGAAACAAAUGAUAUAGAAAUAAGAUAUAGUAGUGAAUCAUAUAGAAAACAUAAAAAAAAAUAUACAUCCAAGGACUUUGGCAAUGAAAAAAAACGAACACGAAGGCGAAAGGAUAAAAGAUCUAGUUAUGAAAAUGAACGAAAAUAUAAAAAAGAUAGAAAAAAAAGAAAACGCACACAUUCGAGAUCACGGAGUAAAGAUCGGCAUUAUGAAAAUAUACCACAAGACCCUUUCAAUCCACUAUUACUAGCAUAUGAAAAAAACAAAACAAAUAUACAUAACCAAAAAAAAAAUGGAGGAAAAGAAAAUACGAAUGAUCGAUGGGAGCAUGAUAGAUAUGAAAGUACAUCAAGCGAUGAAGGGUAUACAUUAAAACAUCAAACAUUUGAUUAUUCUUUUCCACAAGGAAAUAUAACAGAAUUAAGGGAAAAUAUAUGGAAAUCCAAAGCAGGGGGAGUUUGUUUGAUGCAAACAGAGGAAAAUAUGGACUAA